AUGUAACAAUUGUAAUAAAGAUCUUCUCCAAUAUCUGCUUCAAAGCAAAAGCUCUAAAGGGCCAAAAUUGAUUCAAGUGGAGCUAGAAUUUUUGGCCUUAAGAACGAAGAUGGGCAGUACAACUGUUAUAUGAAUGUGGUUGUCUAAGUUUUAUGGCAUUUAGAUUCUGUCAGAAAAGCACUCAUUGACUUCUCAAAAGUAGAAUUAAAUCAUCUAAAAGAUUUCAGAGAAUAUAAGUUUCUCUAAGAACUUCAAGCACUUUUCAGAUAGCUAUAAGAAGACUAGUCAACAGACUCUUUCAGUAUAAACUGCAUGCGAAGAGAACUAUUCAAACUAUUCUAUGAAGAGUAAUUGUUCGAGGUAAAUUAGAAAGGUGAUUCUUCCGAAGCUUUAUUAUGUCUUCUUCGAAUAAUUCAUUUGGCAUAUGUAGAUCCUAACUAAAGGAGAGUUUGUAAGAGCUUUGACGAUGAACUAGAUCUACAGUGUAUCUCUAGCUGCAUAAUUCAUCAAAAUUUCUGUAUAAGAUCUCAAGAACACCUAAAUUGUAAAUGCGGCAAUAAGAAAGCUUUCGAUAAAUACAAUAACAAUUUCGUCUAAGUAAUCAAUAUGUUCGAAUAUUUGGAAAAGAUUAACUAGAACCCUUAUGAUCAAAUGAAAAUACAAGAUUUAAUAAAGAUCGAGAAUAUAAACUAUAACUGUGACAAGAAGACAUGCGUGUUUAAAGAAUCAACAUAUUUUUAGACGAUUGAAGCACCCUAUCCUAAAACCCUCGUUCUUAAUUUCAACUGGCAGGCUGAUGAAGCUAAAAGUGUUGAUUUAUUACAAGUUUUCUUGACUCUUGACGAUAGAGUUAAACUUAAUCAUCUUUACAAAAUACCAAGCAAUGAUCUCUCAAUUGACUAAAAAGCUUACAGUCUGAAAGCAUUUACUUGCUUCCUUGGAGCUCAUUAUUUGGUUUUUAUUAGAUAACAAAUAGAAAACACUAAAAUCUCAUCUGGUUCCUGGAAACUCUUCAAUGAUCUAUUGAUUAAGGAUUUUGAUGAAUGGUAUGAUGUAAUAAACUUCUGUUUAGAGAGCAAAUGUAUCCCUACACUAAUCAUAUAUGAGUAACAAGGUUAUAUGAUGAACACUCCAGGUUAUGAUGAUUUAAUUAUAAAAAGAUCGUAAAUUGAGGAGUUGCAAUUUAAAGCUAUGGAUUAAGACUCGUGUCUGGCAGGAAUGAUGGAUGAUUCACAAUUCAUUAAGGAAUAAGAGGAGAUGUUUUUGAAUCUUGAGAAAAACAAUAGCAGCGAUGAAAAUUAAAUUGUCAUUAAAAAGGAAGAAUCAUCUGGAUCCAUUCCUGAUUUCAAUGAAAUGCAGUAGAAUUAUAAUUCCUACAUUGAAACAUAGAGCUAAGUUUAAGGAACAGUCAUAUAAAAGCUUGAUUAGUUGAAGAAAAAGUACUCAAAAUAUGAUGUAUUUAUUCAUGAGUGCCAUAAAUGUAGACACCUUAUGAUGAUACAUUAAAGCAAGUGCAUCAACUGCCAAGAACCAAAUCUCUACCUUGAUACAUCUAUUGAAAUUCUAAAAGCAGAUGAAAGCAAAAUUAAUGAGAAGCUACUUACUCUGUCUUAAACUAUUUAGGGCAAGAUCUGUGAUUUGCAAAGUCUAAAUUCGAUUAAAACUGAUGAUGAUCUUGCUACAACUGUUUCAAAAGAUUCAAGAAAUAUUACAUCUUAGUUAACAGCUUAAAAUGAAUAGUUCAGUUAAAAAGUUCAAGAAAUUGUUAAGUAAGAACCUGAAGAGUAAAAAUAAAUUCAAAAGUAAUUUGUUACAAAAUGGAUAUGCCCAAGAUGCAGAAAUAAGUAUUUGCUUGAAUAAAAAUGCAAACUCUGCAGAAUAAGUCUAUAAGAUCUUCCAGACGACUAAGAUCUUGACAAAAUUCUAGUUGAAGAAGAAGUAGUGCCUGAUGAUGACUAGCAAAAUUAGUAAAUCAAUAAUGUAGAAAUUAAAGUAGACAUUAGAGAGGCUUAGAACAAAGCAUAAAUUUAGAAUGAAAAUAGUUUGUUAUAAAAAGUAAACUAACCCAGAGGAGAUGAUAAAUUAAGGGAAAGUAUAAAUGAAAGUAAAUAGGAUGGUAAAAUAGUAGUCAAAAUAAAUAAUCCUUAGGUAUUCUUUAAUUUGCUAAUAAAUUUAGAUAAAUGUUGA